AUGCUGUCUCCCUCCCCAGAGGAACCACUGCUGCUGGCUGAACUCAAGCCCGGCCGUCCCCACCAAUUUGAUUGGAAGUCGAGCUGUGAAACCUGGAGUGUCGCGUUCUCCCCAGAUGGCUCCUGGUUCGCUUGGUCUCAAGGACACUGCAUCGUCAAGCUGAUCCCCUGGCCACUGGAGGAGCAGUUCAUCCCUAAAGGGUUUGAAGCCAAAAGCCGAAGUAGCAAAAAUGAUACAAAAGGGCGAGGCAGCCCAAAGGAGAAGACGCUGGACUGUGGUCAGAUCGUCUGGGGUUUGGCCUUUAGCCCGUGGCCUUCUCCACCUAGCAGGAAGCUCUGGGCACGCCACCACCCCCAAGUGCCAGAUGUCUCUUGCCUGAUCCUUGCUACAGGACUCAACGAUGGGCAGAUCAAGAUUUGGGAGGUGCAGACAGGGCUCCUGCUUUUGAAUCUUUCGGGCCACCAAGAUGUUGUGAGAGAUCUGAGCUUCACACCCAGUGGCAGUUUAAUCUUGGUCUCUGCAUCACGGGAUAAGACUCUUCGCAUCUGGGACCUGAAUAAACAUGGUAAACAAAUUCAGGUGUUAUCGGGCCACCUGCAGUGGGUUUACUGCUGCUCCAUCUCCCCAGACUGCAGCAUGCUUUGCUCUGCAGCUGGAGAGAAGUCGGUCUUUCUAUGGAGCAUGCGGUCCUACACAUUAAUCCGGAAGCUAGAGGGCCACCAAAGCAGUGUUGUCUCUUGUGACUUCUCUCCUGACUCAGCCCUGCUUGUCACGGCUUCUUAUGAUACCAAUGUGAUUAUGUGGGACCCCUACACUGGCGAAAGGCUGAGGUCACUCCACCACACCCAGGUCGACCCCACCAUGGACGAAAGCGAUGUCCAUAUUAGCUCACUCAGAUCCGUAUGCUUCUCUCCUGAAGGCUUGUACCUUGCCACAGUAGCAGAUGACAGACUCCUCAGGAUCUGGGCCCUGGAACUGAAAACUCCAAUUGCAUUUGCUCCUAUGACCAAUGGUCUUUGCUGCACGUUUUUUCCACAUGGUGGAGUUAUUGCUACAGGGACAAGAGAUGGCCACGUCCAGUUCUGGACAGCUCCUAGGGUCCUGUCCUCACUGAAGCACUUAUGCCGGAAAGCCCUUCGAAGUUUCCUAACAACUUAUCAAGUCCUAGCACUGCCAAUCCCCAAGAAAAUGAAAGAGUUCCUCACAUACAGGACUUUUUAAGCACUGCUACAUAUCUCAUUUUCUUUAUAGCGGGAUAAAUCUUCCCGGCAAAGGAGUGGCUGGAAUCCAUGGGCCAAACAUCUAGUCUCAGAUUGAAAUAGAAUUUCUUUGGGAUUGUGAAUAGAAUGUAGCAAAACCAGAUUCCAGUGGACUAGUCGUGGAUCUUUUUCUCAAGUCAGUCUUAGAGGAGGAGAUUCCACUUCCAUGGCAACAGAGCCUUACCUUAAAUCUUCAGUCCACUUAUGAACAGCAGAUAUUGAACUCUUUCUACUCGUUUUGAUUCAAAGUGCAGUUAUUGAUGUUUUGAUAAUAAAAGUAAGUAGCCUCCACCUCUUUGGUGGCAAAAAGUUCACACUCCCUCACUGGGGAGUAUGACUUCAGCCUAGUACCCAUCAACCUUGUGUAUCAGGUGGAGUGUGGCAUUGUUUAAAGUUUGCUCCUCCCGCGGUCAGAGUUGCUUUGAUGUUGGAAAAUGCUUUCUUUCCUUGGGGCACCCCUCUGACCAGCAGGACAAAGUUUUCACGGAGCUGUUUGGUUUGAGGUAUUAAAUUUAACUAAAUUAUAGGAGAAUCAGAGGCUGUACUCCUGACUGAUACAGACACUAUUACUGGCUUUUUUUUUUUUUUUUUUAAAUGGUGUGCAUGUGGAGGAGAUGACAAAUUUGUGUGUCAGAUUAUACAAGGAUGUAUUCCUAAACUGCAUGAUUGCUCAAAUGGCUACUGAGUUGUCAGUUGCCUUUUAUUAGCAUCAUAUUUAUUUGUAUUUUCUCAACAGAUGUUAAGGUACAACUGUGUUUUUCUUGAUAUCUAAAAAUCAUAGUACUUAAAUUGAACAGUUGCAAAGAUGUGUCUUAAUUGUGUAAAGAAUUAGUGUUGUCAUCACUUCAGCUGAUACUCAUAUUUGAGAUCUGUGUUUGCUGCUUAAUCUCCUUGGAUUAAUCAGCCAGUUUCAACCCUAUCCCUAAACAAAAAUAGCUCCUUAAAAGUACUGUUCUUCUUCAGUGGCAUGUAAUUAUUUAAUCAAGACACCUCAUUUAAGGAAAAAUCUGCCUUAGGAAAAUUUAAUAUAUUUUAAGUUAUUUUAAAA